AUGACGUUCGAUCGGCCCCUACCCAUCUCCGGGGUGUGGGAGAGCCCCGAUGCCUACAUUGAGGCACUCCUCGACUUCUCUACUACGUCGGUGCUCUUUUUGAACUUAUGCGGUGGCGUGCAUAUGGUCGAUUUUCUGACCCGGGAGCCCGACCUCUAUACGGACAUCUUGCCGAAAGAUUGGAUAUUUUUUUUCGAACAGCAUGAUAUUCAAGAUAUCAUUCGUCUCCUCCUACGACAGGACAUCGAACAGCUGCGAGGCGCAGGCGAGCCUUCCGUAGAUCAAAGCACCCGUACUUGGAAUGGAGGAGCAUUUCCUCCCCAGAGCCUCUUGGACUACAUUUCCAACAUCCGUCUCCUGGCACUCCAACGAGACAUGCACACCUCAUCUUCGAUGAAGACUGAACUACCAAAGCAAGUUGCUAUGCAUAUGAAACAGAAAAAAAAAACUGUGAAUAUGCGCCGGGGAGAGCCAGUCACUCAUAUCGUGGAUCUGGGGUCUGGACAGAACUACCUCGGACGGACACUGGCCAGUUCGCCUUACUACAAACAUAUCAUCGCGAUUGAGCGCAAGCACCAGUACAUCAGCGGUGCCAAGAGCAUGGAUGUUCGAGCCAAGUUGGCCAAGAACCCGAAAGCUCAAUAUCCGCAGACAACUCAAGUCUCAAGUGAUGUUUGCAAUGGAACUUCGGAAACACCUGUUUCUGAAACGACGGACACAUCCCAACCAACGACAGAUGACUCGCAGGCCUCUGGCGUCCCUUUGGUUGAGAUGCUGGGCAAUUUUAGCCUCCAAACUGACGAGCUACUUGGGAUCCCCACCAAAAGACCAUCACGAGAACGGCUGCCAAAGCCAGAAAUCCAUACCCGGGGUACUCUCAGUUAUAUUGAACAUGAAAUCCAAGAUGGCCACUUAGAGCCCAUCAUCGACCACAUCAUCAAUCCAUCACCUGCUGAAUCUUCAGACGGGAAAGAAAUAGAAGCGAGCGAUGCCAGAUUGAUGGUAGUUUCCCUUCACUCUUGUGGAAACCUUGUUCACCAUGGUCUACGAUCCCUGGUUCUAAACCCCUCAGUUGUGGCUGUCGCUAUGAUCGGCUGUUGCUACAAUCUAUUGACCGAGCGCCUCGGUCCAAGCACACACGACCUCCCUAUUCUUCAAUCCCUCCACCCUCGUCUCGAAGCAAUGGGGAAAACAUACGACCCGCAUGGGUUCCCUAUGUCUAGAUACUACGAGAACUACAGGAGUCCCGGAGCAACAGCCGGUGUGAAGCUUAACAUCACAGCUCGUGCACUGGCCGUGCAAGCACCAUAUAAUUGGGGCCUCGAUGACAGUGAAGUGUCCUUCACCCGACACUUUUUCCGUGCUCUGCUCCAGCGUAUUCUCGUCGAUCAAAAUAUCGUUUCUAAGCCCUCUGUGCUGGAAGACGACGCUAGAACCAACUCCAUCAUCCUCGGGGCAUUGCCAAAAGCUGCCUUUAAGUCUUUUACUGCAUACGUUCGUGCUGCGACGAUCAAGAUGAGUCGGGACCCGAUAUAUGGUUCCCUGGUGAAGGAGCAUAUUGCUACCCUGACUGAUGAGGAGAUUCACUGCUACGAGACUCAGUACCUCCAUGCAAGGAAACAUAUGAGUGUUGUAUGGAGUUUGAUGGCAUUCAGUGCUCAGCUAGUCGAGGCUAGUAUUGUCGUGGAUCGGUGGCAAUUCCUUCGUGAGCAGGACUCGGUUAAAGAGUGUUGGGUUCAGCCGGUCUUUGACUACAGUGAGAGCCCGCGCAACUUGGCGGUCAUUGGACUAAAAAAGUGA